AUGACACAAAGUGAAAAGACAUCUAAGAAAUACGUGCUAGUCACUGGUGGUGCAGGCUACAUUGGAUCGCACACGGUGGCGGAGUUGAUCGAAAACGGGUACGAAUGUGUGGUGGUCGAUAACCUGUGCAACUCGUCUUACGAGUCGGUUGCUAGGUUGCAACUGCUUACAGACCACUACAUUCCAUUUUGCGAGGUUGAUCUUUGCGACCGCGAGGGUCUCGCAAAGGUGUUUGAAGAGUACAAUAUCGACUCCGUGAUCCACUUUGCCGGUUUGAAGGCGGUUGGUGAGUCGACGCAGAUCCCUUUGAGAUAUUUCCACAACAAUAUUCUCGGAACGCUGGUUCUGCUGGAGUUGAUGGAGCAGUACAAUGUGUCGAAAUUGGUGUUUUCAUCUUCGGCCACGGUGUACGGUGAUGCCACCAGAUUCCCUAACAUGAUUCCCAUCCCUGAAGAGUGUCCAUUGGGCCCAACCAACCCAUACGGUCACACCAAAUUUACGAUCGAGAAGAUCCUGAACGAUCUGUACUUGAGUAACAAGAGCAUGUGGAAGUUUGCUAUUCUACGUUACUUCAACCCUAUCGGUGCGCAUCCUUCGGGACUCAUCGGAGAGGAUCCCCUGGGCAUUCCAAAUAAUCUGUUGCCAUACAUGGCUCAGGUCGCUGUUGGGAGACGUGAAAAGUUAUAUGUGUUUGGCGAUGACUACGAAACGAGGGAUGGCACUCCAAUUAGGGACUACAUCCAUGUGGUUGACCUGGCCAAAGGUCAUAUUGCCGCCCUAAAGUACUUGGACCACAAUGCAAGCGAAGGUAUAUGUCGUGAGUGGAAUUUGGGUUCCGGUACAGGUUCGACAGUUUUUGAGGUUCACCGUGCCUUCUGCAACGCUUCCGGUAAGGACAUCCCUUACGAGGUCACCGGCAGAAGGGCAGGUGAUGUUGUCAAUUUGACUGCAAAACCCGAUCGAGCAGAGAGGGAGCUGAAAUGGCACACGGAGUUGGAUGUUGGUAUGGCUUGUUCAGAUCUUUGGAAAUGGGCCACGGGGAACCCAUACGGGUACCAAUUAAAGGGAGUUGAAGCAAAAUUCGGUGAAGAAGUGAAUGACUAUGAAAGUCGUUUCAUCACAAUUGGCUCUGGCCGCAGGUUUGAAGCUACUCUGGCCAAUGUUGGUGCUACUUUAGUCGAUUUGAAGGUUGAUGGACAAUCAGUUGUGUUGGGAUACCCAGAAGGCAAGGAUUAUUACUGCAAGGAUACAUGUUAUGUUGGUGCCACAAUUGGACGUUACGCAAACCGUAUUGCUAAAGGUACAUUCUCAUUGGAAGAUGGCGUUCAUAAAUUGACUGUUAAUAAUGCAGGAAACUCAAAUCAUAGCAGUGUUAGUUCGUUCCAUUUGAAAAAGUUCAUGGGUCCAUUGGUCAGAUGUCCUUCAGAGGAUGUCUUCACUGCUGAAUUUCUUUUGUUGGAUGAUCAUUCUGAGACCAAUGAGUUCCCAGGUGAUUUGCAUGUUUCUGUGAAAUACACUUUGAAUGUCGCUGAAAAGACUUUGGAUAUCGGUUAUCAAGCACAGUUGCUGAACGGUGAAUCCACACCUAUCAACAUGACGAAUCAUACUUAUUUCAACCUAAACAAGGUGCACAAUGAGGAUUCAUUCCGCGGUACGGAAAUCAAAGCAGUCUCCAAUAAAUCCGUUGAUGUUGAUUCUACUGGUAUUCCAACUGGUAAAAUUGUUGAUAGAGAAAUUGCUACUUUCAACUCAGUCAAACCAACAGUUCUACGCAAGGAUGGUCCAGCAUAUGAUUAUGCUUUUAUUGUCGAAGAAAAUAAGAAUUUGAAAGGUACAGAUUCUACACGCGAUAAUGAACUGGUUUCUGUUGUUACAGCUACGAACCCAGAGUCAGGUAUUUCUAUAGAAGUUUUGACAACAGAACCAAGCUUCCAAUUGUACACAGGGGAUUUCUUAUGUGCUGGUUUCGCUCCAAGAUCUGGUUUUGCUGUUGAGCCAGGUAGAUAUGUUGAUGCCGUUAACCAAAAAGAAUGGAAAGAUACCGUUAUUUUGAAACGCGGCGAAGUUUACGGUUCGAGAAUUCAAUACAAAUUCAAAGAAUAG